ACACGCGGUAUGUUUUUGUUGUGUACACGUCAUGGAUUUAAAUGAUUGUCAUCCACUGACAUACACAGUAAUACUAACAACACGUUUAGAAAUAUAGCUAACGUUACUGUUUAUUCAAUGAACAGUAGAGAAAUAUCUGACCACAAACCGCACGCGUUUGUUCAAAAUGCUGAAAUGUGGUAUUUUUGCACGAAACUUCACAAAGUAUUAGUUUUGCGUGGUAAAUAUAAACAUUUAUAAAUAUACAUUUGAACAGUACGCACAUUAGCCGCGGAAUAUAUGAAGUACAUUGACAGGCUGGAGGUAGACUGAGGAUGAAGAAGACUGCAAUUGUGGUGCACGGUGGAGCGUGGGCCAUACCGGACGCAUUGGCAGAAGCAUCGGUGGAUGGAGUCAAAUAUGCUGCCCGGGCCGGCCAUUCUGUCCUUACGAAUGGAGGCAGCGCUCUUGACGCUGUGGAAAAAGCUGUACGGUGUUUGGAAGAUGACCCGGUGUUUGAUGCAGGUCAUGGUGCCGUGCUUAAUACUGAUGGAGAAGUGGAGCUAGACAGCAUCAUCAUGGAUGGAAAAACACUUGCCACUGGAGCCAUUUCCUCUGUGAGAAACAUUGCUAACCCUGUUAGUCUGGCACGUGCUGUAAUGGAAAAGACAGAUCAUGUCAUGUUGACAGACAGAGGAGCAAACAUGUUUGCAGAACACAUUGGUUUUCCAGCGGUCCAUGAUUUGGUUACAGAGACAGAACGUAAGGAAUGGGAACACUACAAGAAGUAUGCAGUCGGCGUCAAAGAGCUCUUCAACUCACAAAGUGGCCAUGAUACUGUUGGUGCCGUGGCUUUGGACUCUUUUGGCAAUGUGGCGUGUGCUACAUCCACCGGAGGAAUUCGAAACAAGAUGGUGGGAAGGGUCGGAGAUUCUCCUGUUAUAGGAUCUGGUGGCUAUGCAGACAACAGAAGUGGUGCAGUGUCCUGCACUGGACAUGGAGAGUCUAUCCUCAAAGUCACCUUAGCCAGAUUAAUUCUCUUUCAUAUGGAACAAGGGAAAUCGGCCACAGUAGCAGCAGACACCUCACUGGAGUACAUGAGAGAGAGAGUACAGGGAGGUGGAGGGGCUAUUGUUGUGUCCUCUACAGGGGAAUGGGCUGCCAGGUUUACCACACCACGCAUGGCUUGGGCCUCCAUAAAUGGGGACAGUCUGUGCUUUGGAUUAAAUCCAGGAGAAGAGUUAAUGGAGCCGAAAUGAUUUUCCGACAAUAGGGUUUUUAUGUUGCAUAUGUCAGAAGCUAAAUAACAAUAACAAUUUUGAGACUUUAUUUUAAUUAGUUAGUAACAAUUACAAUUUUAGUUGAUUUUGUUAGUUUGUGGUAAUUUGGGGUAACUGGUUAAAUGUAAAUAAUUAAAAACCUUAAAGAGUUGUUUUUUACAUGACUAAAUGUAAGAGGCUCUUUUUCUUAAGGAAAAACAAAUGGUUCACAACAUUGCAUGUUUUUGAUGGGCUUGAAUUAUAUAAAAUAAGAUGGUACAAUAAGAUUGUAUUAUUAUUAUUUAGUAAUUAUUAUUAUUAUUAUUACUUUUAUUAUUAUUGUUCUUUUAAUGCAGAUAUUGUAGAUAUAAAAUAUAAUAUGGAUAAGUUGUUAAAAAUAAAUUCUAAACUUAUAAUUCACAAAUAUAUUGUUAAUCAAAAUGGUUCACAAAACUGUCACUAACAUGUUAGAGUAGAAAACUCAAAUUUCUGUUUAUCUUCCUCAUUUGUCUAUAGAGCAGUGAAGAUGUUCAGUAAUAAAAAUGGAAAUCUGUUUAAUUAUUCCAGCCGCAUGGGAGGUUUAAGAUGCAUUGCAUAACAAAACUAUUUCCAUAAAGCUUAACCCUGUACUACAAAUAAAAAAGUUUUAGAAACUGU